AUGCCACUAGAAGUACUGGGGCCUCUUGCGGUCUUCACGGCCGGGGUGAAGGCACUUCCUGGAGCAGCUCUCCUGAAGACAGGCGGAGCUGCGGCCGCGGCCAAGGGAUCAGGUGUGUUGGCAGCCAAGGGCAAAGCAAUCUUCACAACAACACACGGAACAGGAACAGGUGUGGGCGGCGCGGGCGGCGCGGGCGGUGCGGGCGGUGCGGGCACAGCUAGCCACGAGGCUCUGGAAAAAGCAAAAUCCGAACUUCAGAAGGCAGCCAAUGAUAUCGAGGAGGCCGAGGCGGCUACAACCACCAAAAGUAUGAUGCCGCUCGGUCUACUGGCCGCAUUCGGACUCGGGCCUAAAGAAGAUGCUGCGGUUGCAGCCCUUCGUCGUGCAAGAGUUAAGGGUGAGCACAGUGAUGAACGCCGUGUCCGCCUCUCGACGGUUCCCGAGCGGUGCACCAAUUACGGUGACUUUCUCUGA